GGCAAUUUCUCUCUUUCCUACUACUCCAACAAAGAACCUAGCGCUCCAACUGCUCUGCAUCUGUUUCCUCUCUGGCCUCUUCUGUGAAAGCCACAAACAAGAGGAAUCAUGGAGCGACAAAGCCUACAAUUUCAUCUUUUGGGCAGUAAUCAAACAUCAAAUUAUAAGGACAAGUCUUGGAGGAGCAAGGCUCUUUGCUUCUUUCUUUGUUUCUUUACCAUCUCAAUUGUAGGCCUUAUAAUUGGAGGCAAUUUAACUACCUGGGUAUUACGAGGAGAAAACAACUUCAAUGAGAGGAUUAGAGUUAAUGAUGCUGAAAUUGUGGAGUCAGAGCAAGGAGUUGUCGCUGCUGAUGAUGGCCGAUGUUCUGAAAUCGGUGCAUCAAUGCUUAGACAAGGUGGGCAUGCUGUUGAUUCUUCAGUGGCAACAGCAUUGUGUGUUGGAGUUGUUAAUCCAAUGGCGAGUGGAAUAGGAGGUGGAGCUUUCAUGAUUGUCAGGUCAUCAUCGACUUCGAAAACUCAAGCUUUUGACAUGAGGGAAACUGCUCCCUUAGCUGCUUCAAAGAAUAUGUAUGCAAACAACAUUCAAAACAAGUAUUCAGGUCCACUGUCAAUUGGAGUUCCUGGUGAGAUUGCUGGCCUUCAUGAAGCUUGGUUACAGCAUGGACGUUUGGCUUGGAGGAAUUUAUUCCAACCUGCCAUAAAGCUUUCCAGAGAUGGUUUUAUCAUUGCUCCUUAUCUCGGAUUGGCAAUAGCUUAUGGUGCAGAAAAAAUUAUGAAUGAUCCUGGAUUGCGGAAAGUGUUUGCACCAAAUGGGAAGUUGUUACAAGCUGGUGAUAGAUGUUAUAAUGUGGAGCUAGCCCGGAGCCUGGAGGCAAUAGCAGAACAAGGACCACAAGCCUUCUAUAAUGGCACUGUUGGUGAGCAGUUGGUGAAGGAUGUAAUAAAGGCUGGUGGGAUAUUAACAAUGGAGGAUUUAAGGAGUUACAAGGUAGAAAUAAUGGAUGCAAUGGCUGCAAAAGUGAUGGGCUACACCGUGUAUGGAAUGCCACCUCCUUCAAGUGGAACAGUUGGAUUGUCUAUGGUCUUGAACAUCUUUGAUAGCUAUGGAACUUCAGUUGCUGCAAAGGGGAACCUUGGUGUACAUCGCUUGAUUGAAGCAUUGAAACACAUGUUUGCUGUGCGAAUGAAUUUGGGAGACCCUAAGUUUGUAGACAUUAAGAAAUAUGUAUCCGAAAUGCUUUCUCCAUCUUAUGCCAAGCAAAUUCGGACAAUGAUAGUAGAUGAUACUACUUUUCCUCCAGAAUAUUAUAUGAACAGGUGGAGUCAGCUUAGAGAUCAUGGAACUAGCCAUUUCUGCAUUGUUGAUGCAGAGAGAAAUGCUGUAUCUAUGACAACUACCAUAAAUUAUGGUUUUGGAGCUGGAAUGCUCUCUCCUUCUACUGGUAUUGUGCUAAAUGAUGAGAUGGGCGACUUCUCUGCUCCCACAGAGAUAACCCCUGACACUCUUCCUCCUGCUCCGGCAAAUUUUAUUGAAGCCAACAAGAGACCCUUAUCUUCCAUGACACCCAUCGUUGUUACCAAGAAUGAUCAGCUGGUAGGGGUCUUAGGAGGUAGUGGAGGAAUGGACAUCAUUCCAGCAGUAGUACAAGUUUUUAUUAACCAUUUUAUCUUGGGAAUGGAACCUUUAACUGCAGUUCAGAGUCCAAGGGUCUACCAUAAGUUAAUGCCUAAUAUUGUUAAGUAUGAGAACUGGACCGUGAUCGAUGGCGAUCACAUAGAGAUUGCUGAGGAAACGAAGCUCUUUUUGACAGAGAAGGGUCACAAACUGGAGGGUAAGGCAGCCGGAGCUAUGGUCCAGCUUGUUGUUCAAAGCCUCCAAAAACCUGUUGAAAUGGGUCGUAAGAAUGGAAGAGAUUCUAAUAAUGGCCAAAUUUUCCAUGGGACACUCACAGCAGUAAGCGAUCCAAGAAAGGAUGGGAGACCAGCAGCAGUUUGAUGGAAAUAUCCUAAGGUGAGGGCCAAUGACAGAAUGUACAAGCUAGUGUGUGCAACGAUAUUGUUUAUAGAGAUUGGUCCAUUUAUAUAAAAUAAAAAUUGUGAAAUCAUUAGCUGA